AUGGAUUGGAGAUACAACAUUAAAGAGUCGUUUUCUGACCUGGCAGUGGUAUCAAAGGCAAAAAAUUCAAGUAUAAAAGAUCUUGUUGCCAUUGAAGGAGAGGUAGGAAAUUGUGUUGCAAGCUGGAAUUUUAAGUUUAGAAGAAACUUGAUGGAGAGGGAAAUGCCUAAUCUAAUUGUUUUAUUGCAACUACUGGAACAUAUUAGGCUGCUCAACAUAUUAGAGGAUAUCAGAUUAUGGAAACCAGAUCCUAGUGGAAUUUUCUCUUGUAAGUCAACAUUCAACUGGUUUACUUCAGACCAAAAUUUUGGUGAUUUGUUUUGGACGAAGACUUUAUGGAAAAGCACGUGUCCUAUUAAAGUUAAAGUCUUUGGAUGGUUGGUGGCAUUAGGAAAAAUUAAUGUGCAUCCUAUGAUGCAAAAAAGGCGACCAUUUAUCUGCUUGUCCCCGGGGUGGUGUGUUUGUUGUAAGAAAAGUAAUGAAGAAGUGGCACAUUUGUUCUUGGGGUGUUGUCUUGCUCAAAGACUUUGGAUAAAGCUGCUAAACGCCUUUGAGAUCCAAUGGGUACUUCCCGGAUCAGUCCCAUUAAUGAUGGUGAGCAAGGUGGGGGGUAGAAAGGGUAGAUCAUACCUAUGGAGGACAGCUGUUCUAGCAAUCAUUUGGGUUAUUUGGCUCGAAAGAAAUAACAGAAUUUUUGAAGGGAUUGAAGCCUCAGUUGAAGAUUUAUGGGAAAAAGUCAGAUUUUGGACAGCUGUUUGGGUUUAUAAAACUAAAAGUUUCGAGCAGUUUUCAUUCUUAGAUUUGAAUAGAGAUUGGAGAUUGUUGUGUAAUGUGGCUUCAUAG